UCCAGGUUGAUUUCAGAACUGGCUUUAGGGUUUUUUUCUGACUUUAAAGUGGGGAAGAAAAAUGGCAUGGAAUCAGAUGGAGGAUGAGGCAGUGCUGGACAGAGGGGCUUCCUUUCUUAAGCAUGUAUGUGAUGAAGAAGAAGUGGAAGGUCAUCACACUGUCUACAUCGGGGUCCAUGUGCCUAAGAGCUAUAGGAGGAGGAGACGUCAUAGAAGAAGACCUGGGCACAAGGAGAAGAGAGAGAGAGAGAAAUUCUCUGAGAAUUACUCCGACAAAUCAGACGUAGAAAAUGCCGAUGAGACAAGCAGCAGCAUCCUUAAACCACUCAUUUCCCCUGCUGCUGAGCGCAUCCGUUUCAUCUUGGGUGAGGAAGAUGACAGCCCUGCGCCCCCUCAGCUCUUCACUGAACUGGAUGAGCUUUUGGCUGUUGAUGGACAAGAGAUGGAAUGGAAGGAGACUGCAAGGUGGAUUAAGUUUGAAGAAAAAGUGGAAGAAGGUGGAGAGAGAUGGAGUAAACCCCAUGUUGCUACACUGUCCUUGCACAGCUUGUUUGAACUGAGGACAUGUAUGGAGAAGGGAUCUAUCAUGCUGGAUAUGGAGGCCUCAACUCUCCCUCAGGUGGUGGAGAUGAUUGUUGAUAAUCAGAUUGAGACGGGACUUUUGAAACUGGAUAUGAAGGACAAGGUUACCUACACGCUGCUCAGGAAGCAUCGGCACCAGACUAAGAAAUCCAACCUGCGCUCUCUGGCUGACAUUGGGAAGACCGUCUCCAGUGCAAGUAGGAUGUUUACCAACCCUGAUAAUGGCAGUCCAGCCAUGACUCAUAGAAAUCUGACUUCCUCCAGUCUGAAUGACAUUUCUGACAAACCUGACAAAGAGCAGCUGAAGAAUAAAUUUAUGAAGAAAUUGCCCCGGGAUGCUGAGGCUUCCAAUGUGUUGGUUGGUGAGGUAGACUUUUUGGAAAGCCCUUUCAUUGCCUUCGUUCGGCUGCAGCAAGCAGUUAUGCUGGGUGCUCUGACAGAAGUCCCCGUACCUACCCGAUUUCUAUUCAUUUUGCUGGGUCCUAAGGGCAAAGCUAAAUCCUAUCAUGAGAUUGGUCGAGCCAUUGCCACUUUGAUGUCUGAUGAGGUGUUCCAUGACAUUGCCUAUAAAGCCAAAGACAGGCAGGACCUGAUUGCUGGAAUUGAUGAGUUUCUUGAUGAAGUCAUUGUGCUUCCACCUGGCGAGUGGGACCCAGCUAUCAGGAUAGAGCCCCCCAAGUCUCUCCCCUCUUCUGAUAAAAGGAAGAACAUGUAUUCAGGUGGUGAGAAUGUACAGAUGAAUGGAGACACACCGCAUGAUGGGGGCCAUGGAGGUGGUGGCCACGGUGAUUGUGAAGAACUACAGCGAACUGGCAGAUUUUGUGGUGGCUUAUUCAAAGAUAUAAAAAGGAAAACACCUUUCUUUGCCAGUGAUUUCUAUGAUGCUUUAAAUAUCCAAGCACUUUCAGCCAUUCUCUUCAUCUACCUGGCCACAGUAACCAAUGCUAUCACAUUUGGAGGACUGCUGGGCGAUGCUACAGACAACAUGCAGGGUGUGCUGGAGAGCUUUCUGGGCACAGCAGUCAGCGGAGCCAUCUUUUGCCUUCUUGCUGGUCAGCCACUCACAAUUCUGAGCAGCACAGGACCUGUCCUUGUCUUUGAAAGACUUCUCUUUAAUUUCAGCAAAGACAAUGACUUUGAUUACUUGGAGUUUCGUCUCUGGAUCGGCCUUUGGUCUGCCUUCCAAUGUCUCAUUCUGGUUGCAACUGAUGCCAGCUUCCUGGUGAAAUACUUCACUCGCUUCACAGAAGAAGGGUUUUCCUCCCUGAUUAGCUUCAUCUUCAUUUAUGAUGCUUUCAAGAAGAUGAUCAAGUUAGCAGACUAUUACCCAAUCAAUUCCCAUUUUAAAGUGGACUAUAUCACCCAAUAUUCUUGUGCCUGCCUGCCACCAGACCCAGUUAAUAGCUCACUAUUUAAUGAGACAACAGAGCCAACAGCUACCUCGUUGACUAGAUCCUCUGCUGAGAUGUUCAACAGUACUAUUGACUGGUCAUCUCUGGCAAAGGAGGAGUGUUUGAAAUAUGGAGGACAGCUUGUAGGCAAUAACUGCAAAUAUGUACCUGAUAUCAGCCUCAUGUCUUUUAUCCUCUUCUUUGGUACCUACACCUGCUCUAUGGCCCUGAAGAAAUUCAAGACCAGUCGCUAUUUCCCAACCACUGCCAGGAAGCUCAUCAGUGACUUUGCCAUUAUCUUGUCCAUUCUGAUUUUCUGUGGAAUAGAUGCUCUGGUAGGUGUGGAUACACCAAAACUAAUUGUGCCAAGUGAAUUUAAGCCGACCAGUCCCAACAGAGGCUGGUUCAUUCCACCAUUUGGAGGAAAUCCCUGGUGGGUUUACCUUGCAGCUGCCAUCCCUGCUCUGCUGGUGACUAUUCUUGUCUUCAUGGACCAGCAAAUAACAGCUGUCAUUGUCAACAGGAAAGAACAUAAACUUAAGAAAGGUGCUGGAUAUCAUCUGGACUUGUUUUGGGUGGCUGUUCUGAUGAUUGUCUGUUCCUUCAUGGGCCUGCCUUGGUAUGUUGCUGCUACUGUGAUCUCCAUUGCACACAUUGACAGCUUAAAGAUGGAGACAGAAACCUCAGCGCCAGGAGAACAACCCAAGUUUCUGGGAGUAAGGGAACAGAGGGUAACUGGUAUCAUUGUAUUUGUUCUGACUGGUGUGUCGGUUUUUAUGGCUCCCAUCUUGAAGUUUAUUCCCAUGCCUGUGCUCUAUGGGGUGUUCCUGUACAUGGGCGUUGCUUCUCUCAAUGGAGUGCAGUUCAUGGACCGUCUCAAGCUGCUUCUGAUGCCUCUGAAACAUCAGCCUGACUUUAUCUACCUGCGUCAUGUCCCUUUGCGCCGGGUCCACCUAUUUACGUUCCUGCAGGUGGUCUGUCUGGCUCUCCUGUGGAUACUCAAGUCAACUGUGGCUGCUAUCAUAUUCCCAGUCAUGAUCCUGGCACUUGUUGCAGUGAGAAAAGCCAUGGACUACCUCUUUUCCCAGCAUGACCUCAGUUUCCUUGAUGACAUCAUUCCAGAAAAGGACAAGAAAAAGAGAGAGGAUGAGAAGAAGAAAAAGAAGAAGAAGGGCAGUCUGGACAGUGACAAUGAUGAUGAGAAAAAUCACCAACAUUCCUUGAGCGCCAUACGUCGUGCUGAAAAAAUUCCUUUUCUUCAGUCACACACUAUGCCAAGCCCUCCACAUACUCCAGUGAAAGUUGUGCCUCAAAUUAGAAUAGAACUUGAGCCUGAAGACAAUGGUUAUUUCUGGAGGAGCAAGGGAACAGAAACUACUUUGUAAUUUGUUUUGUUUGUUAAACUUCUACCGAAUUUCUUUUGUCAGUAGCCAAAUAUAAAAAUGCUCUCUGCAUCCCUCCUGCAUUGGUAAACUUGACACACAGCGGCACCUCUGCCUCUGCCUGUCCCUCUCUCUGCUGAGUAUCUUUAUUUCAGCUCCAUCCACUUUUCCACUCUGACCAACACUUAAUUUUUGCCUUCUCUCUCACUCAGACAUGUGUGCACAUCUCUCUCAUUUCUUAAGCAGAGGGCAGAAUUAUUUACGGAUAUAUUAUAAUACCUUUCUUAAAUGUCAGAGGAACUGACACUAUUUUAGUUGUGAAUCAGUGUUUUUAUUUUAUUUUUUUCUGUCUAGCAGAACAAAACUGACCUCCAGGCUAAUUCAAUGUCUUUACUACACAGCUGUACAUUACUGGAAAGUGCUGCUACACUAACUUGUUCUUAAAGCCUAUAUUUGUAGUAUCAAGAGAAGGAAAACUUAAAAGGUACUUCACUAUCGGAACAGAUGUACUAUUGCCAUCAUUGUAGCAUGUGUUUUGAAAUGUCCCUUUCCUAUGCAACUUUUUUUUAACACCUUAAUGGACUUAAUCUGUCAGGUACAUUGAAGAGUGUUAUUUUCCUAGAUUAUUUUGUUUAAAUUAUGGGGGCCUAACCUGCAACUUUUUUGUCAAUUUUUUUAACCUUUUUUUAAUUACUGUAAAAAAAUGAAUUUUUUCCUGCAGCAGGAAACAUAUAUAGUUUUGAGUAGUUCUACCUCUUAUUUCUAGAUGCCAGGCUUUCUGUAAAAAUGUAUUGUACCAUAUAAUGUGAUUUUUACAAAAAAAAGAGAAAAAAAACACUAUCUCCAGGGCAUGGCAUAGGGCGGGAUCACUUUUAUUAAUAUCUUUCUGAAGCAUCUGUUUUCUUAGUUGUUUUUUUUAAUCUAACAUUACUGUGAAGGAGAUGGGCUGUAUCUUAACACUCUCAUGAUUUAGAAAGAGUCUUAAAUUUAAUGGCAAUAACUGAAGUAGUGACUGGUUAACUGUGUCAGUGGACAGAUUCUGAUUGUAUUCAUUUUGUUGAUUUCCUAUGCAAUACUGUUAGAAUUAUUUUCUUUACAGACACCGUUGUGUGUGCGUGUAUGUGUGUGGCUGAGCAUGCUUGCAUAUAAUGCAGAGUGAUUGUGCUGUGGUUAAGGAGAUGAUGUCUCACAUUUGCCUACCUGGAUACACAUUGACAGCCCCUACUCUGACAAAGCUACCAGCAAGUCUUGAAGGUCUACCUGCUGAAUGUGGGUACAUGUACUACACUCCCUGACCUGUUCACUAUUGUGUACAGAGCUCACCAUACUUUCUUACUGCUUAUUCCAUCAUUUAGAAUGCAUCUUUGGAAGAUGAUACUGUAGGCACUCUCUCUCCCUCUCCCUUUUCCCCUCUUGUAUGCGCGCUCUGUCUCUCUCUCUCUCUCUCUCUCUCUCACACACACACACACACACACACACACACACUUUUUGUUUUAAACAAAGCAGGCAAAUAUGACCUUGCAAUUCAGAUUUCUUUUAUUCUUUCCUAUAUAUGUGUGUGUAUAUAUAAAAUACGAAAAUAAACUCCAAUAUUUUGAAAAUUGGGCACUACAAGGAAAUGUAUACACAUGCUUCAACUGCAAAGUGUUUGAAAAUGUUACCUUGCACCUACAGUGGGUACAAGAAAUGCAGCAUGUGUUCAAGGCAAAAUUGGUCCUUUACCUAGAAAAAAUAAUUUACAGCAGAGAGCAGCUAUUAUCUCAUCCCUACAGAGCAUCUUUGCAAUGGGAUGGAGAUAGUGGAAGAUAUAUAUAUGGCUCACGAAGCAAGGUCAUUGGUACUACUACAGUUUUACUUGCUUCUUGGUCAAAUUCCCUGUAUCUGUGAAUAAAACUGAAGGGGGAAAAUCUGGCCCCUUACUCUUUUUACCUCCAUAGCAAUCAAAUGCUUUAACAGUAGCCACAACCCACAUCAGUAUGGGUUCCCAACAACAGUAUGUUAGUUUGCAGCUAUUUAUGGGCUUGAUCCUGGUGCAUUGAAAUCAGUGAUAAAACUCCCAUUGGCAGCAAUGAAGCAGGAUGUUUCUGAUCUGAAGCUUUCUGAAACAACGGGUUCAUUUCCAUUGGUUUCAGUGGACAUUGGGUCUAGACGAAUGUUGGAUACUGGCUGCAUUUAAAAAAAUGAUAUGCACACAGAAAUUACUUUAUAAUGCUUAAUACUUGGGUCAGUUUAAUUUUUUUUCAUGAACUAAGCAUGAUGCUAUAGAUUACUGGCCAGCAAAGCCAUAAUUAACAUAAUUUAAAAUAAAGGAUUAGAUAUUUCAGGAUGAUGCUGAGAACUCAUCUGCUAAAUGUUAGUUUCAGAUCCCUGACAAGAGCUAUACCAGCAGUCACAGGGGCAGGAUAUUGGUAGAUUUUUUUCCUACUUUUUCAGAUAUGCUGUAGGAGUCUCUGAAAAUGUUACUUCUAAAUAAAAUGCUGGAUUGGAAGAUGACAACCAUAUAUACCAGUGUAAUAGUAAUGGGGUCCUGGUUAGGGACAAUGGGCAGGUGGAGGUGCACUGAGAUACACCAGCCCAGAAUCUGCCCUUUUAUCUCUAGCUAUUGAAGCUGCUAUAUUUGAGAGCUGCAGUAUUCCUGUAACAAUAUUAAAGUUAGAAAGUUGGGGAAUUUAACUACCAGAUACAAUAGUGUGUAUCCCAACACAUUCAUUAGCUGGUGUGUGUUUUUUUUUCUUGCAUCAUUCCAGCUCAGUAUCAGGGGAUCUACAGUCCUGGUUAAACAGAACAAAACAAAACAUUGCAUUCACUGUUGGUGACAAGGGGAUAGAAGUCAGUGAUAGUAACAAGGGGAAGGGAAUACAGCCUCUGCUUGCUGCUUUGACAGAUGACCUCACUGUAAAUAGUCUAGUCUUGCUUUCAGAGAAGUGUAGGAGACAUCUGAAACAUUCAGGGUUCCUAGAAAGCAGGGUGUGUGAGGCAUAAGCUGACUGUUUUGGUUAACUGGAGGAUGUAUAAUCAGGGUUGUGCUGUAUAGCUGGUAGUGCAAUGUUAAAUCAAUAAGAGACAUAAAAGACUGUUUUCAUUCCUUUGUUGAAAAAAAAAAAAAAAGAAUCACUGCCUACUGCAACAUGAAACAAAAGAUCCAAGUACCAUGUCCAGAGCGCACACUGGGCACAUCUACAUGAGAUGCUACUGUGCAAUCAUUACUGCGCAUUUAUUUAGUACUUGUAUUAGCAAGUAGCAGUAACCAGAGGUAUUGCACAGUAGUGCAGGCAAAUGUUUUUUAAGUGACGCUACAGUGCAGUAGCCUAAUAAUACGGUACAGUAGCGUACUAGCACUGUGCUGUGUAGUGCUACUACGCGGUGUUUUUCAGCUACUGCACACUCAAUGUGUCAUGUAGACAUGCCCUCUGUGUAGGUUUUUGUUCUCUGGUUUUGUCCAUGCCUUUCAGUUCUACCAAGAGAAAUGUGCAUGCUGAGGAAGGGCUGACCUAAAGUAAUCAGUGUGGAUAGCGAGCAGAUUUCCCUAGAAAGCACUUAAGGAAUGGAGAGUAAGAAUUGCUUAUAGUUUACUCAAAAGGCAGGGUGCUCCUCUCUCUCCUUCUCUCUCUCUCUCUUUCUCUUUAAAUCUUUUCAUCUGCUAUUACCUGGCGAUCAAUCUCCAGACAACAAGGUCUUCCACUUUUAAACCAUGUUAAAUGUACUUGAAAUGUAUUGACUGCUGAUCUAUAUCUUUCUUUUUUUUAAAACAGACUGAACUGUUGUACAGAAGGUAGCAUUGUACAGGGAUGGGACAAAGAUUUCUUUAUUUUUCCAUGUAAAAUCAUUUAACUCUUUGAUGGCAGGAGUGUGACAUUUGUCUUUUCAAAUUUCCGUGGCUUUAGCCCUUUGCUAAAAGUUUUGAUUAACUUUAUUUAAAAAAAACAACCUGCCAACACCAAAAGGCUAAGUGCAGUAAAAUGGCCCUUUUACAAACUUGGCUCAUCUAGGGUUACAUGAAACAGUUUCAUUGCAUUCUUUCAGACUUUUGAUAUUAAUUUGUGAUCAUCGCACCCAUGUAAUGUAGGGUCAGAGGAAUUGCAGGUCAUUUUGAGAAGCCUGCAAUGAGCAUGUUCCUCCCAUGGAUUAGUGGAUAAGUGACUUGCUGAAAGUCGCUUAAGAUAGCAGUGGCGGGGCAGGGGACUGAACCUGUAUCUUCAAGGUUCCAGGCUAGCACUUAAAUUAUGGGCCCAGCUUCCUCCCCCUCCCCAGCCUUCCCAGAACUGGGAUAUUGUGGGAGGGAAGAGGGCAGAGUUGAGCUCAUCAUGUUUGGGUUCUCAGGGUGUACUUCUAAGUCUUUUGAAGACAGUGAGAACCUUUUAAAGAUGUAAGCUGCUAAAAGCAGUUUUCCAUACAAAUACUGCAAAGUGAGGUCUACUCAGGGCUAUUGUCAUCAAGUGAAACUUUAAAAAAUAAUACACUGCAGAAAACUUUAUCCCAGACCUACAAUGUGUGAAUGUUGAUGUCUCCCUCUGUCAUCUUGGUAGCCAUUCCUAUGGCUGAGAUGCAUCUGUUCUGUUUUUUUCAGAAUCAACAUGCACUUUCAGAUACUUUUAUUAUUAUUUUUAAUUCUCUUGAGUCUGUAUUUGCUUUGGAGGAAAGAAUAAAGACUUAUUUUUAAAUGAAGUAGAUCAAGAUGGUGGAACAAAAUGACAAAAGAGGAAACAUUUCAAUAUAUAAAUGAUUUUUCCAGUAAUAUAAAACCUGAAAUUCCUUAUAACAUGAUAGUGUUUUACAGUUUUAUGAAGCUUUCUAUUGUGACUUUUAUGGAAUCAAAAGAUGAAGAUGAUGAGAUAUUUUAGCAUUUAUAUUUUUCAAAAUUAAAUGUAUACUGAAAAUAAAGUAACUU